AGUCAUAAACCAUGACAUCCAGAUUGACGGCGAUCGCAUCGAAGCGGAAUUGGACCUUCUCUCUGGCCCAGUUCCAACGCCUCAGGCGAUGUGGUUUGACGACAUGUCGUACCGCUGACCCUUCGGUUCAUGCCAACGACGACAACCACCCCGCCGUUCCAUCCGGUGAACCAGAGCAAUCACAGGAUAAUUUAGAGCCAGACAGUGCGAAAUCCAAUUACGAAAGAGACGAUUCCAAACAGGGAGAUUCAAAUGGGCCGUUUGCGCCACCGAAGGCUCAAUACGCCUCCUCCCCUCGCUUAGAAACCACGCCGGUCGCCCAGGCCUCGAAGCCUAUCACUCAACAAAAAAGAGCUCACAGUACGGUACUAGCCGACGUCAGCUGCAUCGGCUUCGACGGCGGGCCGUUUCCCGCUGAGGAAAAAAACAGAGAAAAAGACCGUAAAGAACAAGACGACGACGAAAGAGAAUACUACAAGCACCACAAGGCAUCGCCGUUAGCCGAGAUCGAGUUUGUUGACACGCGGAAACCGAUAACUAGAGCGACGGACGGGACGGCGUACGACGGCGGCGGUAAGGAUAUGAUAGGGUGGUUACCGGAGCAGGAGGAUACAGUGGAUGAUUCUCUUCAAAGAGCGACGGAGAUUUGGAAACAAAAUGCUAUGCGCGGGGAUCCCGAUGCUCCGCAGUCGAGAGUUCUUAGAGCUCUGCGGGGUGAACAGUUUUAAAUAGAGUGUCAGAACUGUAAUUUCAAUAAAACUUGAAAUCCGAUGUGGGAGAAGGAAGGUCGGUUGAUUUAUACCCUGCAUCUUUUACCCGACUUGAAUUCUCUUCCGAUGUGGGAGAACCAAGAUGAAUCCCGCACGAUUGUUGGCACGUGCGAAUAGGGUUAAAAUAAUGGUCAAUUUUUGGCACGUC